AGAGCCAGCCCUGGCUGUCUGGCGCGGGGCCCCUCAGUCCGGGCUUUUUGCCAUGGGGUCUCUGUUUCCCCUGUCGCUGCUGCUUUUUUUGGCGGCCGCUUACCCGGGAGUUGGGAGUGCGCUGGGACGCGGGACUGAUCGGGCACGAGGCUCCAAGGGUAGCUCUCCCACACCCUCGAGGACCUCAGUGCCCUUCUGGGUGCGCGUGAGCCCAGAGUUCGUGGCUGUGCCGCCGGGAGGGUCAGUGUGGCUCAAUUGCAGCAGCAGCUGUCCCCAGCCGCAGAGUUCCAGCCUCCGCACCCGGCUGCAGCAGGGCAAGACGCUCAGAGGGCCGGGUUGGGUGCAUUACCAGCUGCUCGACGUGAGGGCCUGGAGCUCCCAGGCGCACUGCUUUGUCACCUGCGCAGGAAAAACGCGCUGGGCCACCGCCAGGAUCACCGCCUACAAACCGCCCCACAGCGUGAUUUUGGAGCCUCCGGUCUUAGAGGGCAGGAAAUACACUUUGCGCUGCCACGUGACACACGUGUUCCCCGUGGGCUACUUGGUGGUGACCCUGAGGUGCGGCGGCCGGAUCAUCUAUUCCGAAAGCCUGGAGCGCUUCACCGGCCUGGAUCUGGCCAACGUGACCUUGACCUACGAGUUUCCUGCUGGACCCCGCGAUUUCCGGCAGCCCGUGAUCUGCCACGCGCGCCUCAAUCUCGACGGCCUGGUGGUCCACAGCAGCUCUGCACCCAUUACACUGAUGAUCGCUUGGAGCCCCGCGCCCACAGCUUUGGCCUCCUGUUCCAUCGCUGCCCUUGUGGGAAUCCUCCUCGCCGUGGGCGCUGCGUACCUGUACAGGUACCUAGCGAUGAAGUCUCCGGAGUAAAGCGGGGUGUUCUAUGCCGGCUGAGCCAGACAGAAGAGGAAUCUGGAACAAUUUGGGGAAUCCCCCGAACACGGUGGCUGACGCCUGUAAUCCCAGCACUUCGGGAGGCCAAGGCAGGAGGACUGCUUGAGCCCAGGAGUUUGAAACCAGCCUGGACAACAUGGUGAGACCCCAUCUAUGCAACAAAUACAAAAAUUAGCCGGGCUUGGUGCCGCGCGCCUGUGGGCCCAGCUACUCGGGGGCUGAGUGGGAGGAUUGCUUGAGCCCUGAAGGUCGAGGUUGCAGUGAGCCUUGAUUGUGCCACUGCACUCCAGCCUGGGCGACAUAGCGAGACCCUGUCUC